UUAAAACUUCAUCGCAGUGAGAACAUAAUCGACAGUGCCCGCAGAGUGCCGUUCGCAAAUUACAUUCUCCUCUGAAUCUAGUGAACAUCGAAUUCCAUAGCAACAACAUGCCGACCUAUCACAAACCAGAGGCCAAAACCAUCCAGGAGCUGAAGGAUAUUGCCCACAAGCUGCGUAUCGAUUCGAUCAACGCAACGCAGGCGUCAAAAUCUGGCCAUCCAACGUCAUGUGCUUCGAUUGCGGAAAUCAUGUCGGUGUUGUUCUUCAACACGAUGCGGUAUAAACUCUCUGCUCCGCGCGAUGCCUCUUCGGAUCGGUUCAUCCUGUCGAAGGGCCACGCUGCGCCGAUCCUGUACGCGGCCUGGGCCGAGGCCGGUUUGUUCCCGGUGGAGGAUCUGAUGAACCUGCGCAAGAUCGAUUCGGAUCUCGAGGGUCAUCCAACGCCCAGACUGAACUUCAUCGACGUCGGCACCGGUUCGCUCGGUCAGGGUGUGGCCGUUGCGUGCGGUAUGGCGUACGUAGGCAAGAACAUCGAUAAGGCCGACUACCGUACGUACGUGGUCGUCGGUGACGGUGAAUCAGCCGAGGGUUCGAUCUGGGAAUCGUUACACUUUGCCGGUUACUACAAACUGAACAACCUGUGCGUCAUCUUCGACGUGAACCGGCUGGGACAAUCGGAAGCGACCUCGUUGCAGCAUCAGAUGGAAGUGUACCGUAAGCGUUUGGACGCAUUCGGCUUCAACGCCAUCGUCGUCGAUGGACACGACGUGGAGGAACUUUGCAAAGCGUUCUUUGAAGCUAGUUCGACAACCGAUCGUCCUACCGCGAUCAUUGCCAAAACGUUCAAGGGCAAACACUUCCCCAACAUUGAGGAUCUGGAGAACUGGCACGGAAAGCCGUUGGGUGAUGCUGCCGCUGAUGUUGUGGCGCAUCUGCAAAAAUUGAUUCGCAACCCGGGCCCGAUCGCGCUUGCACCACAAUCACCACAGAAGGAGAAUGCUCCAAAGGUGAGCAUUAAGGGUAUCGAACUUGCCACACCGCCCGCAUAUCAAAUGGGUGAACAGAUUGCCACUCGAUUGGCGUACGGUACGGCACUGGCCAAAAUCGCGAUGAACAAUGAUCGCGUUAUUGCGCUGGACGGUGACACGAAGAACUCUACCUACUCGGACAAGCUGCGCAAAGCGUUCCCGGAGCGAUUCAUCGAGUGUUUCAUUGCGGAGCAAAAUCUGGUUGGUGUGGCAAUUGGUGCCGCUUGCCGUGAUCGUACCGUCGCCUUCGUGUCCACGUUUGCCACCUUCUUCACGCGUGCCUUCGACCAAAUUCGUAUGGGUGCGAUCUCGCAGACGAAUGUUAACUUUGUCGGUUCGCACUGUGGUGUGAGCAUCGGUGAGGACGGACCGAGCCAGAUGGGGUUGGAAGACAUUGCCAUGUUCCGAACGAUCCCGGGCAGUACCGUGUUCUAUCCGGCCGAUGCAGUCAGUACGGAGCGAGCGGUCGAAAUGGCGGCCAAUACUCCGGGUGUGUGUUUUAUCCGCACAUCGCGUCCCAACACUGCCGUUAUCUACGAGAACAAUGAGAAAUUUGAGAUUGGAAAAUGCAAGGUCGUGAAGCAGAGCGCAAACGAUUCGGUAUUGCUCAUCGGUGCCGGUAUUACUCUGUACGAAGCACUGAAGGCGGCCGAGGAGCUGGAGAAGAGCGGUAUUCACUGUCGCGUGAUUGAUCCAUUCACUGUCAAACCCUUGGACAAGGAAGGAAUCAUCCAGCACGGUACCCAGUGUGGUGGACGCGUCGUUGUCGUAGAGGAUCACUACAAGCAAGGUGGUCUAGGUGAAGCGGUACUGUCCGCGCUUGCCGAACAGAGGAAUUUUGUUGUGAAGCAUCUCGGCGUCGAUAAGCUGCCACGUUCCGGUCCGCCUUCCGUGCUGGUGGAUAUGUUUGGCGUUUCUGCACGUUCCGUUGCAGCCGCAGUACAAGACAUCAUUAAGAUGUAAAAGACCAUCUCCGGCCACAACUGGCGAGAAAGUGUGUGUACACGCGUUGGAAUCUUGCCGAUCAUGUUGAUCGUGGUUGUUUGAUUUAAUAUUUUGCUUUGCGUUUUUUUUACUUAUUUGCUUCAUUAUAAUUUUUCAACUUUCUGCUGCCUUUGGAAUAUGGGUGCUUUUUCGGGGGUUUCGAAUAAUAAUAAUGAUAAUAAUACGAGAAUUGCUGUAGGUAACAAAGUUACUGCUGUUAAUCCUCUCUAAAUUUCCAGUGGUCUUACAUUGUAGAUUGUACUGGCCAAUCAUAUCCGGUAAGGGGAGGCAAGAGAUCGUUGGUCUAUCGAGAGCAGUUGUGCGAAAUAUAAUCGUUCAAAGAAAUGUGU